CAGACCCAGCUGUGCACUGGCCCCCGUUUGUGAUUGGUCCCUCCUUCGGAGUAAAGGGGCCAGUCUCUCAUUCAUUAUGGUAUGUGUUGUUUACCGCGAAUGGAAUAGGAACAGAGAAACAUGUGGACUUGACCGAAGCAGAGCCUUCGGUCUUUAGAUGCAGAGGGACCAUAAAGAGAGUGACAACAGGAGAUUGGUGCAAUAACGUGAAGAGACGAUAUAAAAACGGUUCUUUUUUUUGACGCAGAAAUUGAAUGCUGGGUUUCAAAGGAAAAGAAACAACCCUGCGACUGGAGCCCGGAAAAGCCAUGGCUGAGGAUGGUCAAGCCUCCCUUUGUUUUCUUCACCCUUUUGGUCAAGAUAAGGUUUGUCGUGAAGGGUCACUUUGGUCUGGGGGAAAGGACACAAGCAACGCAAGGUUUUAUUUCACUGAAGAUGGGUUCGAUUUCACACCACGAUUUUCAAGGAGGGUGCACUAAAAUCGAGAAAGAGGAGGGACAGGGCAUUGAGGAAGACGCGCAGUCGUUCCACGGUGUCGGUGUGUGCAAAUGGUUCAAUGUGCGGAUGGGUUUCGGCUUCUUGUCUAUGAACCGACGAGAGGGAGUUCUGCUUGAAGUUCCAGUUGAUGUUUUUGUCCACCAGAGUAAGCUACACAUGGAGGGGUUUAGGAGUCUGAAGGAAGGUGAGGAGGUUGAGUUCAACUUUAAGAAGUCUUCCAAGGGUCUGGAGUCUGUGCGGGUGACAGGGCCUGGAGGAGUGCACUGUAUAGGCAGUGAAAAGAGACCCAAGGGCAAGACUGCUCAGAAACGCCGCUCCAAAGGAGACAGGUGUUACAACUGUGGAGGUUUAGACCACCAUGCAAAAGAGUGCAAGCUGCCUCCUCAGCCAAAAAAGUGUCAUUUCUGCCAGUGUGUUUCACACAUGGUUGCCAACUGCCCAGCCAAAGCCCAGCAGUCCUCACCGAGUUCUCAGGAAACACCUUUCUCUUUGAAGGGAAAGGAAGAAAUGGAUAAUUAUUCCCCUCCACCCACCGAGAUCAUCAAUUGAGGCAAAAGUGCACAGAGGACUUUGGGAUGGAGCUCACAAGUCAAUCAUACCACUACAAUAAAAAAGGUGAACAUAGGUUCUGACUAAUGCUGCUUUUGGAGAACCAUUUUGUCUUUGGUGUAAUACUCAGGGAUAGAAUUGUUUAUACUCAGGGAUUUUCACCAUGCAAUAUUGAAUCUCAAUAACAGAAGUGACCUCAAUGUAUCUGACUUUUGAUUAUACUUUUCUACAUGCUUUGAUAAUGCUGACAAGAGAAUGUGACAUUUUGUCUGUCUGACAAAGAGCAGAGGCUGUGGAGACAAUACUCUGUAAAGAAUGUGUAUUUCAGGGAUAUUUAUUGUCAGGUUCAGGGUCUGGAACAGAGCUGGGGUGUGUUUACAAUCGACUGACCUCACCACCUGGGGCCAAAUGAAUGUUACAUUGGUAUGGCUUGCCAGUGAUUUCUUGUUUGUUUUAUCCCUGUUGAGUUAUAGAUUGUGAUUAUUUUAAAAUAACAAUGUGUUAAUUUCAUUGAUUAUUUGCAAACUACACUAUGAAUUCAACUGCUACUCAUGCCUGUGCUAAUAAUGUUUGCCUUUUUUUCUUUGACCGUUAAUUUUCUAAGAGUUUAUUCUUUUGAUGAAAUCCAUGUUUAAUUCACUACAAUGUUGCCUCAUUGCCUCCUCAGCUGCCAGACAUGUUUAGAAAGAAGAGGUGCAUGCAGAUCUAGCCUUACUAGUCUUUAAAAAGAAGCUAGCAGACAUUCUUAUACAUUUAAUAUAUACCUUAUAUGUUAACUUAUAAGAAGAAUAUUUAUUACUGUGGCUUCUCCUCAAAUACCCUUUCCUUUACAUUGAUUUUAUUGUAAACAUUCAUCCUCUUCUCCCAUUAUUUAUGAAAUGUUUAAUUUACAGACUAUGAAAAAUCUACUAUGCACAAUUUUGUUAGAUGAAAACGAGUGUUGGGAACUUUAUGUAUGCUUAUCAGUGCAAGUCUGCACUAAUCAUGGAGCUUAUGCUUAUUUUACUGUUGCCUAUAUUUGUUUCGAACAAUUUUUAAUUUU